CCGGGCCGAAGAGGAAGGUAAUACGGAGUACGAAAGUAAACAGCAACCUAAACACAGCAGCAUUUAUCCUCACCAACUCCUCAUAAACAUGGCUGACGCGCAAUACGAUAGUGCGCUGGAUCUCCUCCGGCGCCUCAACCCCCGCGACACCAAGCAGAAUCUGCAGGCCAUUACCACCAUUGUUCCCGACCUGACUGAGGAUCUUUUGUCUUCUGUAGAUCAACCGUUGGAAGUCCGCCGCUGCCCCAAGACGAACCGGGAUUACCUGCUCUGCGACUACAAUCGCGAUGGCGAUAGCUACCGGUCACCCUGGAGCAAUGAAUUCGACCCUCCGCUCGAUGACGGAACCGUGCCUAGUGAGCGGGUGAGAAAGCUUGAGGUCGCUGCCAACGAGGCCUUUGAUGUGUACCGGGAGCUUUACUACGAGGGCGGCGUGGGGAGCGUCUACUUCUGGGAUCUGGACGACGGGUUCGCGGGUGUCAUUCUCUUAAAGAAAGGAGUAACCCCUGGUGCGAAGAGCGCAGGCGAGUGGGACAGCAUCCACGUCUUCGAGGCCACCGAUCGGGCUCGCAUGUCUCACUACAAAUUGACCAGUACGGUCAUUCUUCACCUGGCGAAUGAGUCCGAAGCGCUGGGAGAGAUGGACCUCAGCGGGAACAUGACCCGCCAGGUGGAGGUCGAUCUACCUGUUGAGUCAGACGCAAGCCACGUUGCAAAUGUUGGUCGGCUUGUGGAGGAUAUGGAGUUGAAGAUGAGGAACCUGCUGCAGGAGGUAUACUUCGGCAAGGCUAAGGAUGUUGUGGGUGAACUGCGUAGUCUUUCGUCCUUGACUGAGGCGAACAAGGAGCGGGCUAAUCACGCUGAGAUGAUCAGAUCCAUGCAGCGGUGAUGUAAAUGUUUACCUGGGUUUUGUAAGAGCGAAAGAAUGUUUCUAUCUGUCGUCAUUUAGACGUUUGACCGUUUAUCCUGCGAGUUUGCUGUUCACUGGAUUGUAUGUAGUCUAAGGCUCCUGGGGAUCCGAUUAUAACUUAAAUAUGGCUC